AUGGAGCGGAACGCUCGAAGUGAGAUCAAGUCAAAGGCACAGAGCAAGAAACGCAAAUUUAAAGAAUUAAACAAAGUUCUUUAUGGAACAUCUUUCGAUCAUCAUGAUCUUCAUGAAACAAAUCAAAAUAUUGACAUCAUAUUUCUCUUACAAUUUCGACCAAACUAUCAAUUACAAAACAAAGUAUCAAGAGAAAUGCUAGACAUUCAUUUAUAA